GUACUUCGAUAUCGACUCACGAGCAUAACCACUUUUGGUUUUAAUUAAACGUAGUUUCAAUAACAUUCAGCAAUGUUGAAACAAUUGCUGGGUCUAAUUUUUGUUCUUCAUUCGACGACAGCAAUUAAUUCGCGAAAGAAUGUGUUGUUUUUGGUGUCGGACGACAUGCGUCCUCAGUUGGGAUCAUACGAAGGCAAGGACUUCCCAGCACCAGUCCAUCCGAAGAUGCACACCCCAAACCUCGACGCUCUUGCGGGAAAGAGUCUGCUACUAAAGCGCGCGUACGUUCAAGUUGCUCUUUGUAAUCCAAGUAGAACAUCUCUUCUGACCAGUCGACGACCGGAUACAACACACGUCUAUACAAUAGGACCAUAUUUUCGAAAGGUAGGAGGAAACUUUACAACGCUUCCAGAGUAUUUCAAGAUCAAUGGAUAUGCCUCCAUUGGCAUGGGUAAAGUGUUCCAUCCAGGGAAAUCGUCUGGGGGUGAUGACCCUAUAUCAUGGACAGAACCAUACUUCCAUGGUGUACCAAAUUUCGAGACAAAUCAAAACAGUUGGGUCGCUGUCCCAGAUGAGCAAUUGAAAAAGGAGCCUUUAAUCGACGAACAACUUGCAGACCAUGCCGUUAAGACCCUGCGUAAAGUUGCACCUAAAGCAAUAUCGGGGGAACAGCCAUUCUUUGUUGCCGUUGGCUUUCACAAGCCUCAUCUGCCAUUUGUGUUUCCGAAGUCAUUUCUGGACCUCUAUCCCAAUGUAAGCCUUCCAGACAACCCAUACGCUCCCGUCAACAUGCCUGAUAUAGCAUGGAACGUAUACGGAGGACUGCUUAUGUUCCAUGACAUCAAAAGUCUAAAUGCAAGCGGUGGGAUCAACACGACGUUGCCCGACUCGGUUGUGCUCGAUCUGAGACGUGCCUACUACUCCGCGCUAUCUUGGACCGACUCUCUGGUCGGCCGUGUGAUAGCGGAACUGGAUAAACUGGGCCUCACCAACAGUACGAUUAUCUCCUUCUGGGGGGACCAUGGCUGGCAGCUAGGCGAGCACGGCGAAUGGUGCAAACAGACAAACUUCGAGCUCGCAACCCACGCUCCGAUGAUGAUCCACAUACCCGGGGUAACAGACGGCGGCGUCUCAACCCGCGAGCUGACAGAGUACGUGGAUCUCUUCCCUACUCUUGCAGAAGCUGCCGGUUUACCGGCUGUUCCGAAAUGCCCAGAGAACUCCACUCUGGUAGACCUGUGUACCGAAGGAACUAGCCUCAUACCUCUUGUAAGCAACCCAGACACUCCAGUAAAAGAGGCGGCGUUUUCUCAGUACGAGCGGGACAACGAAGCGGUAAUGGGAUACACAGUCAGAACCGACAGUUUCCGCUAUACGGAGUGGGCUGCGUUCCAGGCUGCUCCCGUGUACCAGCCGAAUUGGGAUAAGCUCUCCGGGGUUGAGCUGUACGACCACACCCUUGAUCCGGAAGAGAACGUAAACCAUGCAGACGAUGCGAAAUAUUCUGACAUCCGGUCGCAGCUGAGUAAGCUAUUGCAUACCGGUUACAGAGGAGGGUUGUAAAAUAUAAAUAUUCCAUCGUUUGAACGCGACAGAGAAAUUUGCCAAUCUUUGAAAGAACUGUUUUCUAAAAACCUUAUUCAUAUAACAUGCGCUUUAAUUUACGAAAUAAAUAUGUGCUCCGCUCAGUGGAAAGUUACCUUAAUUUAUGCGCACACCGCACAGUUUAAUCUGUAUGGAACGCAUCGUCUGUCUCCUGUUGACUAUUGAUAUAUCGUAGGUUUCAUUGAAAUGAUGUGGGUUGGGUUUAAAUCAUAUGAUAUGUGUUUAUAAUAGUAUGCUGUGUGCUUUGAUGGUAUGCUGUGCGUAUGUGAUGGUAUGCUGUGUGUUUGUCAUGGUAUGCUGUGUUUUGUCAUGGUAUGCUAGUUGUUUGUCAUGGUAUGAUGUGUGUUUCUCAUGGUAUGAUGUGUUUUCAUCAUGAUAUGCUGUGUGUUUGUCAUGGUAUGCUGUGUGUUUAUCAUGAUAUGCUGUGUGUUUGUUGUACUAUCCUGCGGGUUUAUCUAACAUGAUGUCCUUUUCAUUCGCUAUGAUUUAAGUUGGCAUUAUUUUAAUUCGGAACAUUCGGUUCUUGUCAUACGUAUGUCUGUCGGUCUGAAAGUCCGUCCGUCCGUGUGUCCGUCCGUGCACAAUUUUUGUCCGGGCUAUUUCUCAGCAACUAAUGACCGGAAUUCAAUGACACUUUAUGGGAAGCUUCACUACCAAGAGGAGAUGUGCAUAUUAUCAGCGCAUUCUGGUCGGAUGAUUUUUCACAGAUGUAUGGCCCUUUGAAAUUUUCCAUUAACUGUACAUAUAGUGCAAUUCUUGUCCGGGCUAUUUCUCAGCAACUAAUGACCGGAAUUCAAUGACACUUUAUGGGAAGCUUCACUACCAAGAGGAGAUGUGCAUAUUAUCAGCGCGUUCUGGUCGGAUGAUUUUUCACAGAGUAAUGGCCCUUUGGAAUUUUCCAUUAACUGUACAUAUAGUGCAAUUCUUGUCCGGGGCUAUUUCUCAGCAACUAAUGACCGGAAUUCAAUGAAACUUUAUGGGAAGCUUCGCUACCAAGAGGAGAUGUGCAUAUCAUCAGCGGGUUCUGGUCGGAUGAUUUUUCACAGAGUAAUGGCCCUUUGAAAUUUUCUAUAUUUUUUUUGUCCCUCAAAUACUGUGCCCUCAAGACGUUUCCUUUUAUCUGAAUAUAUUGCUAUGACCUAUAUCAAUGCCUAUUAUUACCUUUAAAUAGUCAGUUACGAUGUACGCAUAGUACGAUUGUCAAUGUCAUGAGCCAAUCACUGUUUAUUCUAUAAUUAUUAAAUGUUAUACUAAUAUAAUCAAUAUAAUGAUAUAUUGAUAAGUUCUUUGCACAUUAUUUAUUAAUUCAUCAUAUUAUAAUGAUUACCUUUGUCAUAAAUUACAUUUAACUUGCAAGUA